AAAGCAGCCUAAUGUAGGAGAGAGAGAAGAAAAAACAGUGAAGAGAUCCCUCAUUGAGUCAUUUCCCAUUACCCAUUUCCCAAUUCUAGGGUUUCAUAGAGCUCAGGCUCGCACAACCAUGGACGCCUUAGCUCCUCAACCUUCCGACACCGACAUGAUGGAUGCCGGAGCUCCACCGCCUGAAAAUCCUCUUCCACCCGCGGCUGAUCAUUCUCAGACCCCGCCGUUGCAGCAACAACAGCAAGUUAGUAUUCCGGCGACUCUCAGCCAUGGCGGAAAGUUUAUCCAAUACAAUAUCUUUGGCAACAUCUUUGAGGUUACUGCCAAGUAUAAACCUCCUAUUAUGCCUAUUGGAAAGGGCGCUUAUGGCAUCGUUUGUUCGUCUUUGAAUUCGGACACGAAUGAGCAUGUGGCGAUCAAGAAGAUUGCGAAUGCGUUUGAUAAUAAGGUGGAUGCCAAGAGGACUUUGCGUGAGAUCAAGCUACUUAGGCAUAUGGAUCAUGAAAACGUUGUUGCAAUCAGAGAUAUUAUACCACCUCCUCGAAGGGAGGCAUUUAAUGAUGUAUAUAUUGCAUAUGAGCUGAUGGACACUGAUCUUCAUCAAAUUAUCCGUUCAAACCAAGGAUUAUCAGAAGAGCACUGUCAGUAUUUUCUCUACCAGAUACUACGUGGAUUGAAGUACAUUCACUCUGCAAAUGUUCUACACAGGGAUCUAAAGCCUAGCAAUCUCUUGCUUAAUGCCAACUGUGAUUUAAAAAUCUGUGAUUUUGGACUAGCUCGAGUAACAUCGGAGACUGAUUUUAUGACUGAAUAUGUUGUGACUAGAUGGUAUCGGGCACCAGAGUUAUUGUUGAAUUCUUCAGAUUACACUGCUGCUAUUGAUGUAUGGUCAGUAGGUUGUAUUUUUAUGGAGUUGAUGGACCGUAAGCCUCUAUUUCCAGGCAGAGAUCAUGUUCAUCAAUUACGCCUGCUCAUGGAGCUGAUUGGAACCCCUUCAGAACACGAGCUAGGGUUUCUCAAUGAAAAUGCUAAAAGAUAUAUUCGUCAGCUUCCUGCAUAUAGAAGGCAGUCGUUAGCUGAGAAGUUUUCACAUGUACAUCCAUCAGCUAUUGAUCUUGUUGAAAAAAUGUUGACAUUUGAUCCCAGACAGAGAAUUACAGUUGAAGACGCGCUAGCACAUCCUUACCUGAAUUCAUUGCAUGACAUCAGUGACGAGCCAAUAUGUGUGUCCCCCUUUUGUUUCGACUUUGAGCAACAUGCUUUGUCGGAGGAACAGAUGAGAGAAUUGAUUUAUCGCGAGGCUCUUGCAUUCAAUCCUGAAUAUCAUCAGGAGUGAAGACUCUGCUAUGGCUCACUUUUCUAUGCUCCUGUCAUCUUUCCCUUCUGUACAUAUAAUGUCCAGUCCGGAAUUGGAUGGAUUUGUGUUUUAGUAUUUAACUCCACAUAAUUCAGGGCAUUUAUGUUGGAAAAAUUGUCUGUAUGAGUGUAAUUUUAAUUAUUUUUUUCCUUCUUUUAAAUCUCAAGGGCCAUUGAAGCUACCUGUAAACAUUAUGUUAGCCAUUUGCUCACUUGUUCAUUUUCUUUUUCCACCCAUUAAUUGUAUUAGAUGUUUGUUAUGAAAGACAAGGUUAAUAUAGCCAUUAAUCUCAGUUUCUCCAUCCUAUGAUGAACAGUGUAUAAUAUUUCCAACUCAUGUACGCGCAAUCAUUAAUCAUUAAUCAUUAUGGCUGUGAUUGCUCAGA